GUUAUGGAGACUGGAACUCUGGGACGAACAGAGGCAAGUUAUGAGGGGUACAGUUAUGGCUAUGGAUACGGCCAGGAUAACUCGGGUAAUUACGGAUACGGCAUGGCCACGUCGAACUCCUGGGAAAUGGCCAACUCGGACGUUGACAUGAACCCUGACGGUUCGGGCGGCGGCAACGCCGACGCCGUCAUUGCGAAAAUGAACCAGCGCCUAGACAUGGUGUCGCACAUGGACACGGACACGAUGCAAGGAGGACAUUACGGAUCUGGCGGAGACAGGUACGACUCGUACGAAUCCUACGAUUCGAGGUCUUCGAUGAACGACCGCGACAUGUACCGAUCCGGCUACGAUUACAACGAAUCCGAACACGACAACGAUAACGCCUACGAAGGUCACUACGACAACUUCUAUGGGAACCGCCGGGAUCAAUACCAGAACAGAGCACGGGAUAACUUUGGUCAACGGGGUCAGAACUGGGGUAGAGAUGGACGCAAUAACAGACCCAUGGCGUCUUCCUAUCCCGGGCGCAUGGGCGGACAGUGGAACGAGCCUCCCCAGUCGAUGGGAUCGCGGGGUCUCGGUCCCCACGGCUCCUCCAGGCUCCCUUCCCUCUUCUCCCACAACAUUAUCCCAGAACUCAGCAUGUUCCAGGGAAUGCGAGGUUUCUCGGGAAAUAUGCGUUACGGAGGAGGAAUGAUGAAACAACGAAUGAGGAGAAACUGGAAAAUGUGGGACUCGGAUUUUAAACCCCAGAAAAAGAAAAUCAAAAAAGAUCCCAGCAUGAAGAAACGGAAGCAAACAAACAGCUCCGACGAACCCGACAGCAAGGCGGCGAAGACGGACGGCUCCGAUAACUCUGACUCCGACAACGAGGAGGGGACGGAGGGAGAAUCGGGAGAAAAAGAGGAGAAAGAGGGCUCCAGAGGCGAGGGGGAAGACGAAGAAGGAAAAGAUUCUGAGAAAGGUGCUUUAACAAUUCAAGAAGAGAUCAGUCAAAUCAAACGCAAAUUGCAGGCGGGCAAGAAAACUCAAGAGAGGCAAAAGAAGAGGCAUCGGGAUCGCAUGGUAGAAAGGAUCCAGUUUGUCUGUUCGUUAUGCAAAUAUCGGACCUUCUACGACGACGAGAUGAACAGUCACCUCGAGAGUAAGUUCCAUAAGGAACACUUCAAGUUCGUUGGAACCAAGCUGCCUCAACAGACAGCUGACUUUCUCCAGGAAUACGUUGCUAAUAAAACUAGGAAAACUGAGGAGCGUCGCAAAGCAAUUGAAGACAUUAACGCGGUUAUUCAGCAGAUUUAUAGGGACCAAGAUCUUACGCAAGAUGUUGGCAUGGAGCAUUUUAUUAAAAAGGUGGAGGCGGCUCACUGUGCUGCCUGCGACCUCUUCAUCCCGAUGCAGUACGGCAUCAUCCAGAAACACUUGAAGUCGCUCGACCACAACCACAACCGCCGGGCUAUGAUGGAGCAGUCCAAGAAAUCAUCUCUAGUAGUUGCGAGGAGUAUUCUCAACAACAAACUAAUCAGUAAGAAACUGGAGCGGUACCUGAAGGGUGAGAAUCCUUUCACGGAUGACCCAGAAGAAAAAGAGGAGCAUGAGGAAGGAGAAGGGGGAGCCAGUGGAAAUGUAGAGGAAGGAACAGCAGAAGGAGGAGAUGAAAACAAGGAUGAGGAGGAAAAUCCGGAGGAAGAAAAUCCAGAAGAAGAAAACCCAGAGGAGGAAAAUCUGGAAGAGGAAAAUCCAGAGGAGGAAAAUCUAGAUGAGGAAAAUAAGGAUCCUGAAGAGAACCCAGAAGGAGCUGAAAAUGAGGGGGAGCGAGAAGAAACGGGGACAGAGACAGAAAUCGAGGCACAACCACAAGCACAAACAGAGGUGGAGCCGGACGCAGAAAACGUGGAGGAGCAGACUUCCCCGCCUGCAGAGGAAUCGCUCCCUGAGGAAGAAGAGCAACAGCCAGUAGAAGGUGUGGAGGUAGAAGAUGAGGAGGAAGAGAGCGAGGAAGCUGCUGCAGCACAAGAGGAUGAGGAUGCAGAGUAA